AUGUUUAAUUUCAUAUUCAAAUCUUUCCCUUAUUUGAGGUGUGUUGUUGUAUCUACUUCACCUACCCACAAACUGCAUUUUCUUCAACACUACCCAUUAUCUUCUUCAUCAUCAGCACUCAAAUCCGUAUCUAGCACUCCAAAUCUACACUCAUUCACUGUCGACUACCUCAUAAAAUCAUGUGGGUUUCCUCCAGAAAAGGCUCUCUCGGCCUCCAAAUACACGAACUUCGAAACUCCAGACAAACCAGACUCUGUUCUCACGCUCUUCAGAAACCAUGGAUUCACAGAUACCCAAAUCUCAGUUCUCAUCAGAAAACUCCCUCGGCUACUCUUGUCUGAUCCCGAGAAUACCCUUUUACCCAAAAUCGAAUUUUUCCACUCUAAAGGUUUUUCAACCCAAGACAUUACCAAAAUAGUGUCUGCAGCACCAGGUGUUUUGAGAAGAAGUUUGGAAAACCAAAUCAUCCCGGCGUACAAUUUUUUCAAGGCAUUGCUGAAGACCGAAGAAAAAACGAAACUUGUUAUUAAACGCUUUGCUCGGAUUUUGUUGUAUGAUGAUCUUCACAUAUAUGUAAUACCCAAUAUUGAAGCUCUCAGAGAAAUAGGUGUGCCCGAAUCGAAUAUUGUGGGUCUCUUUACCAUGCAACCUAGAGCUUUCAUCAUGACUAAUACUGAUAGGUUUAAGGAGAUUGUGGAGGAAGUAAAGAAAAUGGGUUUUAACCCUACAAAAAUGAUGUUUGGUGCUGCAAUUCAUGCACUGAGGGCAAUGAGUAAAUCAACUUGGGAAAAGAAGGUGGAGGUUUUUAAGAAGUGGGGUUUUUCUGAGGAUGAUAUUCUGGUGGCUUUCAGGAAGCAUCCACGGUUUAUGGAGGCAUCAGAGGAUAAGAUUAUUGGGUUAAUGGAUUUUUUUGUCAAUAGAAUGGGUUGGGAGUCUUCAAUUGUUGCGAGGAGGGCAAAGCUUGUUAGCUUGUGCUUGGAGAGGAGGAUCAUUCCAAGGUGUUUUUUUUAUCAAAUUCUGUUGUCGAAAGGUUUGAUUAAGAAGGGUCUUGGCUUGAUUCAGAUGUUGGACUCUACUGAAAGUUACUUCCUAAAGAAGUAUGUGAAAAAAUAUGAGGAAGAAGCUCCUGAGCUUUUGAAGUUAUAUCAGGACAGGUUGAAUCUUUCAAAGUAA